AGCGAGGGUCCAGCACGAGUGUGUUUGUUUCAGAGGCCGGUCUGCUUGCUGCUGGCUGUCGCGGUCACAAGAAGGAUGUGAGCGUCGUCCGACAUUGGAAUCCUGACUUCAGUGGAUUUUGGUUAAUGUCAGCCGGAUAAUGGGUGCGGAAAAACGGGCGCUCAGUGUGACCAUGCUGACCACUUUAACUGUUCUUUUGUACGCGGCCACUUCGGUGUGUGCGGUGGAAGAUACAGUGAUGGAUACAAGAACAGCAACGGCUGAGCUGGGCUGGAUAUCAUUCCCUGCCAAUGGAUGGGAGGAGGUGAGUGGCUAUGAUGAGAACCUCAACACCAUCAGGACGUACCAAGUGUGCAAUGUGUUUGAGCCCAGCCAGAACAACUGGCUCCUCACCACGUACAUCGACAGACGGGCGGCGCUCCGCAUCUAUGUGGAAAUACGCUUCACUGUGAGAGACUGUGCUUCCAUUCCCAGCGUCCUUGGCUCCUGCAAAGAGACGUUUAAUCUUUACUACCUAGAAACAGAUAGGCCUGUGUCAGAGGGUAUCAGAGGUGUGGAGAACUUGACAAGUGCUCCCUUCCUGAAGGUGGACACCAUUGCAGCAGAUGAGAGUUUUUCCCAAGUAGAUUUUGGUGGAAGAUUGAUGAAAGUCAACACGGAAGUGCGAAGUUUUGGCCCACUGUCAAAAGGCAAAGGGUUCCAUCUGGCCUUCCAGGAUCUGGGAGCCUGUAUGUCACUCUUGGCUGUCAGAGUAUUCUACAAAAAAUGUCCCAGCAUUGUUCAAAACUUUGCCUACUUCCCAGAGACACUUACUGGAGCAGAAUCCACAUCACUCGUCAUUUCUCGAGGAAGUUGUAUACCCAAUGCAGAGGAAGUGGAUGUGCCCAUAAAGCUUUACUGUAACGGCGAUGGCGAGUGGAUGGUACCCAUUGGCAGCUGCAGCUGUAAACCAGGUUAUGAACCAGACAAUGGCAACUUGUGCAGAGCAUGUCCACAGGGAACCUUUAAAUCUGCCCAGGGGCCCGGAUUAUGUCAGCAAUGUCCACUGAACAGUCGCUCGACCAUUGAGGCUGCAACCCUUUGUGGUUGUCGCAAUGGUUACUAUCGUGGUGACAUGGACAAACCAGAGGAUUUAUGCACAAGUGUCCCUUCAGCUCCUCGCAACUUGGUCUCUGUGGUCAACCGGACGUCGCUGCUGCUUCAGUGGCACCCCCCACGUGACAUCGGCCACCGUGGAGACCUGUACUAUAACGUGUUGUGCCACCGGUGUCACAGCAGUGAGCGACGGGCAUGUCAGCCUUGUGAUGACAGUGUGGCCUAUGUUCCGGGCAAGAGGGGGUUAAAACUAACCAGGGUGGAAAUCAGCAAGUUGCUUGCUCACACAUCAUACACCUUCGACAUACAGGCAAUCAAUGGUGUCUCCAACAAGAGUCCUUAUCCUGCCCAGCAAGUGUCAAUCAACAUUACAACCAAUCAAGCUGCUCCUUCGGUGGUUCCCAUAAUGCACCAAGUGAGCUCAACAAGACGCAGUUUCUCGCUGUCAUGGCCGCCGCCUGAACAUCCUAAUGGUAUAAUCCUUGACUAUGAGAUACGAUACUAUGAUCAGUCUCAGCCGUCAAUGUUGAACAGUUCAGUGGUUCAGAGCGAGACCCCCAGUGUGAUUCUGGAGGGACUGAGACCCGGGACCGGCUACAUGGUUCAGGUGAGGGCCCGCACAGUGGCCGGCUUUGGAAGCUACAGCAAGGAGAUGCUCUUCCAAACACUCAUUGAUGAUGAAUUUAAGUCAGAUUUGGGACAGCAGCUCUCCCUGAUUGCAGGCUCCUUAGUAGGCGGCGUGUGUAUUGUCUCGUUGGUAGCUAUCGCCAUCAUUUGUGUCAGGAGGAGGCAGCUGAAAGAGAGUGUGUAUGGAGACAAGCUGCAACAGUACAAUGCAGGAGGAGAGGUGACUCUGAGACCUGACAUGUUCAGUGGUCCUACCCCCACAGUGACCUUCCCCACCAUGUCUGACGGUCACAGUUCACCAGGGGUGAAGAUAUACAUCGACCCUUUUACCUAUGAAGACCCCAAUGAGGCUGUCCGAGAGUUUGCCAAAGAAAUUGACUCCUCGUGUGUCAAAAUUGAGGAAGUCAUUGGCUCAGGUGAAUUUGGAGAGGUGUACAGGGGCCGCCUGAAGCCUUCGGGGAAAAGAGAAAUUCCUGUUGCUAUCAAGACUCUGAAGGUGGGCUACUCUGAGAGGCAGCGGCGAGACUUUCUGGCUGAGGCGUCAAUCAUGGGGCAGUUUGACCAACCCAACAUCAUCCGGCUGGAGGGAGUCGUGACCAAGAGCAGGCCCACAAUGAUCAUCACAGAAUUCAUGGAAAAUGGAGCCUUGGACUCAUUUUUAAGGCAAAAUGAUGGGCAGUUCCCCGUGAUCCAGCUGGUUGGUAUGCUGAGAGGCAUCGCAUCUGGAAUGAGGUACCUGGCAGAGAUGAGUUACGUUCACAGAGACCUGGCUGCUCGCAACAUCCUGGUUAACAGUAACUUGGUGUGUAAGGUGUCCGACUUCGGCUUAUCUCGUUAUCUGGAGGAGGACACAUCUGACCCCACUUACACCAGCUCACUGGGUGGUAAAAUCCCAGUGCGGUGGACAGCUCCGGAGGCAAUUGCCUAUAGGAAGUUCACGUCAGCGUCAGAUGUUUGGAGUUAUGGGAUUGUCACCUGGGAGGUGAUGUCAUACGGUGAAAGGCCUUACUGGGACAUGAGUAACCAAGAUGUAAUCAACGCCAUUGAGCAGGACUUCCGGCUGCCAGCUCCUAUGGACUGUCCAACAGUGCUUCACCAGCUGAUGCUGGACUGUUGGCAAAAAGACAGGAACGCACGGCCAAAGUUCCCGGAUGUUGUCAACAUGCUGGACAAAAUGAUACGCAACCCUGCGUCCCUGAAAGCAGGCACCAACAAUGUUGCUACGGGCCCGUCCCAUCAUCCUUUGUUAGAUCGUGGUGCUCCAGAUUUGAGCAGGCUGAGCUCUGUAGAGGACUGGCUGGCUGCACUGAAGAUGACCCAGUACAGAGACUCCUUCCUGGGAUCAGGCUUCACCUCCUUGCCGCUCGUCACUCAAAUCACUGCAGAAGACCUCCAGAGGAUCGGAGUGUCUCUGGCAGGACACCAGAAGAAAAUUCUUACAAGCGUUCAGUCAAUGAGACGCCACAUCGAUGACCAGUCUCCGACUGAAUCUGUGUAAUUGCCAUCUUCAAAACUGGUUGGUCUCCAGUCCUCUGGCAAUUGGGGGUUCACCUUUGCACGCUUGUUUUUAAGCUAUGACUGCAGCCGUGCACACAUACUGUCCACUUGGUCCCUUUCCUUUUAUAAUCAGACUUCUGUUUUAUUCUCUGCUCUUCCAUUUAGCAUCAGAGAUCAAUACCAACUUAGGAAGCGAUUAAAAGCACAUUGGCAAGAGCCAAUGUACUGUAAGGUCAGCAUGAUCUUGAAGUGGUGGAAUAACGACAGGCAUCCUUCCAAACCCUGAUCUGAUCUGCCCUGAAAAGACUGCGAUCAUAAAAACGUGUUUCCCUUCGUCUAUCUUUCCACACAGCAGUUUUUACCAACUGAACAGUUUGCUACUUAAGCAGGAAUCACACCAACGUAGGAAAAUGUCCAUGAACAAUUGUGUGGUGUUGUGUGAACAACAAAAACAGGCCAAAGAGCCUUUUUAAGUGUUUCUUGUGUACACAUCUUUAAAAGACUACUUAAUUGUCUCUGUGACAACUGCCACGGUUGAAAGAACCCAAAGUUUAAAGGGACUGUGUCAAUCUAUCUUCAUAUUGAAGAGUCUGUACAUAUUCGCCUAAGGGAUGUUUAUUUCCUGUUUCCUGAUUUGUUGAUAAUUAUUUAUACCGUUCUUUUCCUAAGAAAAAUGAAACAAAACGCUUCAUACAACCCCUGGUUAAAAAAAUGUAAUCACUUGACUUGGAGGGUGAACGUUGAGUGGUUUAAUUUUGAAGAAAAAAAACAGAUAGCCAUUGUGACACAAAACUAUAGUCAUUUCAACUGGCAACUGUCUGAAACACUAAAAGUAAACACAAAUAUACAAUGUGGUAAUCAGUAACAGUUUCAUUU